GAUGAUGAGUGGCUUACAUACAAUAGACACAAGGGAACAGACAUUGACCUUAUAUGGCAGAAAUGCAGAGGAGGACUGCUUUUCUUAGUAGCCACUCCUGUCAAGACAGUUAAAGCUGCUCAGAGUUCUGUCACCAGAAAGAGAAGCGCUCAUCUUCAUCUACAUAAGACAACAGAGUGCUGAUGCUGAUGCACGGACGAGGACACUUCUCUACAUAAAUCACUGCGCUGUGGACAGUUUUACAAUGUUAUUCAACUCUGCUCUUGGGAAAAACAUCACUUUUGUGCAUCCUGCAUAUUUCAUGAUAAGUGGUUUAUCUGGCAUCCCAAAUAUAUCGUAUUACUAUGUCUUUCUCUUUUUUGUUUAUAUUGUUUCAGUGCUGGGAAACACAGCUGUGAUGGCUGUAAUAUGCUUGGAUCAUAACCUGAGAACUCCAAAAUAUAUUGCAGUUUUUAAUCUAGCAUUUGUGGACCUGUUUGGUAACUCUGCUCUGGUGCCGAAGGUUCUUGACAUUUUUCUGUUUAACCAUCGCUACAUCCCCUACAACGACUGCUUGACAUUCUUUUUUUUCUGCUACACCUGCCUUUCAAUGCAGUCAUUUAAUCUGGUUGCACUCUCCUAUGACAGACUGAUAGCUAUCAUCUUCCCACUGCACUAUCAUGUGAAGGUGACCCACAGGUUCAUGCUGUCUUUGAUAGCCUCUUUCUGGGUAUUUGUUAUAAUUGCUCUACUCAUUGCAGUUGGCCUUCUUACGAGACUUUCCUUCUGUAAAUCUGUGGUUAUUAACAGCUAUUUCUGUGACCAUGGCCAGAUAUACCGGCUUGCUUGCAAUGACCAUUUCCCCAAUUAUGUCAUUAGUUGUUUGUACCCAGUUCUUAUUUUUUGGCUUCCACUCGUUUUUAUCUUGUCAAGUUACCUCUAUAUUGGCUGUACGUUAGCUAAAGUAGCCACAGUUCAACAAGGACUCAAGGCCUUUAAAACGUGCAUAGGUCAUCUCUCAUUAGUGGCAAUCUAUUUCAUCCCGCUGUUAAUCACAUUUACCUUGAUGGAAAAUAUACAUCCAAAUGCCAGGAUCAUAAACCUGUCUCUGACCUCCGUCUUCCCUCCCAUGUUGAACCCAAUCAUUUAUGUUCUGCAGACACAAGAAAUCAAAGAAUCUCUAAAAAAGUUACUAAAAAUCAGAAAGCAGUCCAAAGUUACGAUAAAAAAAUUAACCAUAAUGUAACCAUAAUGUGAAUUAAUUCAAUAAUAAUUACAUCCUCAUAACAACGCUAAGUUUUCAAAAGUAGUAGCAGAAGAUGGAAAGAAAGAAGAAAGAAAAUAUACAUAUAUGAAAAUCAUAGUGAAUGGAGUUUUUACAUACUUAUGUUUGUAUGUGCAGUUAUUUAAAAGAAAAAAAGUCUGAUUUGUUUUCUGUACAUGGUUUUUAGAUUUCUGGGGUUGUAAAUAAGGUUUGUGAGUAGAUAUAUAGAGUUUCGAACAAAAGCAUGCAUGUUUUCUUUUUCUUUUUUCACAUCAGUGAUUGUGCAAACAAGAUAUUGUGAUCAAACAGAUUGUGUCUCUCCAUAUGAAAUCCAUAUAAAUAAACUAAUUUUGUGUUUAAAAACAAUGAUUAAACACAUAUUUUAUUGUGAUAACACACUGAAACUCUCUGCUUCUUGAUGGAGCAUCCUCUCUACAUCUAAACAAUAAUUUUAAAUUAAUUUGAUUUCUUUGAAUACAAAAGUAGUUAUCUGUUUAUCCUUUAAUGGUUAUGAAUACCCUAUGAUUAUAGCAUUUUUGCAUUUUAGAGAUGAAAUGUAGUAGUUGUUGACUGUCUUCUUUAUUAAAACAAUGUGACUCAAUGAACCCUUACCGCAUGGUUUGUUUGGGUGUGCUGUAAGCAGAUACAUGAAUUGCUCUUCUUGCAUUUUUGACAAAGUAGCUGCUCAAGGCAUAUUUGUUUCCUCCUGUGGUUCAUUUUGAAUCUAUAUUAUUGGAAUCUGUAUUAAUAAACUUUCUAAUGGCAGAUGCAUUUAUGCUGUCUCCACUGGUUGAUUUGAUACUUGAACUUUCAACUCAGUUUCAAAUCUUAUAGAGUAAGUACACCCUAAAAUUCUCCCUCUUGUCUCAUAGCUACGUAAUGUGUGACACCGUGGGGGGUUUGAGGACACGGGGGUCAAUGUCUGACCCAUGGUCUGAAAACCGCAUAGUGUAGCAUUGAUAGCGUCAUGCAUUCCUGGUGCUGGUAUUCAGAGCUAUCCAGCCCUGAGCAACUACCGUCAGGCAUUUGUGUCUUUACUGGAAGGGCAGACAGUGCGACUUUUACAGUCCGAGCUUUUACAGUCACUGGAGGCACAGUUAUGUCCUUUGAGAGCUUCGUAAAGGGACCUGUGUUGUAGCUGGGCUAGUGGCUCUACUAUGAGGUGUGUGUGAGUGUCUUUCGGAAGUGCCACAAUGUAGUGGUAGCUAUGUUGUUUAUCAUGGUUAAGUUAAAUAUCUUGUUAAGUUCUGCAUAUAGCACAGUUAUCUCAUGUGAUAUGUUAAUAAUUACCACAGAACAGGAAUAAAAAUGAAUGUACGAUGUCGUCUGUACACUGGCGCUUGUAAUGGCUUGCUAACAUUACAAGCAGCUACUGUAUGUAUGGCUAUGGCUACGGAUAUUAUGUCACAGUUUGGGCGGGCCAGAAAAUUUGGCUUAACAGACAUCACUAAAUAGAUUUGGAGUUCAAAUUUUAUAAUUGCCUGGUAGGCUGAGACAUUCAAGUUUUAAUAUUCCCUGUAAUUCAUUCAAUUCUUAAGGUUAAAAGUAGUGGAAGGCAGUCCUCCCAAGUUCAGUAUUUACCAGAGGGGUAACUAGAGUUUAAGAGCUCUGGUUUGAUGAGCAGAGGUUUUAAAUUCUGAGAAGACAAGUGAUAUACUGCUUUUGCAGGAGACCUCUAUAGAUAUACAUGAUAAAAUGUUGUUUUCCCCUUGUUACUAGUGAGGACCAGCUGACAUUUUCUGACAUAUAGUACACAGGGAUGAGUAUAAUAUUUAUCUCAUGUAAUAAAACGCAAAGUACAAUGAUAAAGUGCACUCUACGCAAUUAAGGACAUCUCCACAGUCAAGCACAGACAUGAUUUUUGACUGUACAAUCAUUUUCCUGUCGUCAAGACAGAAACAUGCUUUAUUCCAAUAUAAGAAACACAUUUGUGACUUUUCUUUUUUUAUGUAGAGUCUAAAUAGUAAAGGACCCACCACAGACCCUUGUGGUACCCAUUAUGCAUUAAAAUCCUUUUCUGAGGAAAACAUCCAAACCAAAACAGUGUAAAAUGCAGUGGUCAACAGUAUCAAAAUCCUUAGAAAGAUCAGCAAACAGAUCAAGAAACAACUGUUUCUUGUCCAUUGAAUGCGUAAUGCCAUUGUAGUAAUUAUACUAUGUCAUGGUCCAAAAACUGACUGCUGUGACUGGAGAGUACAGUUAUAGUCUAGAUAAGCACAUAGUUGCCUUUCAACCAGAAUUUCAAGGAUCUUUGGAAGGAAGAAGAUUUUAGAUUGGACGAUAAUUGUUCAUGUUAUCAGUGGAUCCACCUUUGUGCAGUGAGUAUUGUUGGAAAAAUCAUGUGUUUUAACAUAAUAUACCAACAAGCAUCUAUGUGAUUAUGUGUACAGCACAAAAACAAUAAAAUUAUCUAGAGGUCCUCUUAA